CGGCUCAGCCCCUAAAAGAGAAAGCACCCCAGACAAUCCGCCCAGGGUGCAAAGGCACCCUAAGUAGGGCGUCUAGUGCCAGGGUUCCCCUUACAGUGCCAGGACAUCCUUUUUUAGCACCCAGACACCCUAGCUCCAUUCUUCGCGAGUUGGCUUUGUCCUUCCACAUUGCUGACCCUCAUUUCUAA